CUGCGAAGCGCAAUGCAACGAGGUAUGCCUGUAAUUGUACAAGUGCAUGAUUAUUAUGUAGAGUCUAUUCUUAUCACGGUUUUAUCGGCGUUGAGAAUGAUAAUGAUGAUAAUCUCGUCCGUAGAGUCCAAAGUUUCUGAGAACCGUCAUCUUCAGAUAAUUUUAGCCCUGAAGACGUAGUCAUUAUGGUUCUGCGAGAUUUAAUUUUCUAGCUACUGCAUUCUGGGAUUUGUCUCUUAGAAACCGACCGAUAAUCGUCCUGACGAUGGAAACAAUAACGAAUGACGGAAAUUCUCUCCUUCUCCUUGUCUCCAGCUGCUGUUACCACCCCCACAUUAUUCUGUUGCCCCCAAAGGAGGGGAGGGAUGACGAUGUUCAACCCACCAAUCGCCAGCUACUGACACGUUGAGGGGCGGUCAGGGUUGGCGGAGAGGGGGCAUCUAAUUUGUGUCAGUCAGGUAGAAGCAGGCGCAGUUGAGGUGUGGAAUUGUUGAAGAUGGCCGGUUCGCAUGAUGGCGCUUACGAAACGGACGUGAAUACGAGGUUGCUAGCCCUGACGAAGAAGACGGGCUACGACCUUUUGCAGACGAACGGGCAGAGAAGAUAUGGACCGCCCCCGCACUGGAAAGGCACGCCGCCCCCAAAGGGCAGCGAGGUUUUUGUCGGGAAACUACCGAGGGAUAUGUUUGAAGACGAGUUGGUUCCCGUUUUCGAAAAAGUUGGGGUCAUCUAUGAACUGCGUCUCAUGAUGGAUUUCUCAGGGUCCAAUAGAGGCUUUGGAUUUGUCCAAUUCACGAAUCCACACGAAGCUCAAACAGCCGUUAAGGAGCUCAACAACUACGAAGUGCGACCGAAGAGAUUCAUCGGCGUUGUGAAGUCCGUGGACAAUUGCCGUCUGUUUGUCGGGGGCUUGCCCAAGAACAAGACCAAGCAGGAGAUAGCGAACGAACUGAGGAAGUUUGUGGACGGAAUCACCGAUGUGAUCUUGUACAGUAGUGUUGUGGACAAGAACAAGAAUCGUGGAUUCGCGUUUGUGGAAUUUCAUAAUCACCGAUCGGCGGCCAUGGCGAGAAGAAAGUUGAUCCCAGGUCGAGUGCAGUUGUGGGGUUACGAAAUACAGAUCGACUGGGCCAUACCCGAACGCGAUGUAGACGAAGACACGAUGGCCAAGGUCAAAAUUCUCUAUGUAAGGAACCUCUUGCUGGCUACAACAGAAGAAACAAUAUGGAAGGCCAUGGAAUCCGUGCAAGGUCCAGAAUGCCUGGAGAGAGUGAAGAAGCUGAGGGACUUUGCGUUUGUACACUUCUCAGAUCGAGAUAGUGCCAAAGCCGCUAUGGAAUAUUGGGACAAAAAGGAAUUGGAUGGUUCAGUCGUGGAGAUCACGUGGGCAAAGCCAGUCAACAGAAAUCCUCAGCAUCAGUUGAAACACGUUUCACACGGUGGAUAUCCGCAGACACAGUACGUGCUUCCGCCAGGGAUGGGUCCAGCUGCCAGCUUCCACACUCCUUUCAUGAAAGCGUAUAAUGACUGUGGGACUCAAGGAAGCCCACAUGUGCAGAGUUCAAGCAGCUGGAGAGGUGGCAGAAUGUACGUAGCGGCACCUUCUUCAGUUAUCGGAUCCAAAUUUGGUAACAGAGCCCCAGAGGUACUUUCCGAAUAUUGUCAAAAAAACAACUGGGGCGAACCUUUCUACAAUUUGAUGGCAAUCCCCUCCGUGCAAGAGGACAAACAGUACAUGUGCCAGGUAACGAUACCGCAGCACCCUGGGGGCCAGUUGCAGUUUCAGACUCCCAAGGUUUCUUCGUCUGCGGAAGGAGCCAAAGUACUUGCAGCUGAAAUAACGCUUAGUCAUAUGAGUGCAGCUGCCGCCUUUGCUGAAGGGUACAGUCACACUUCAGUGGUGCAAGCUGGACACCUAGUGCCGCAACCGCCAGCUGCGACUUACCCCACGGGCAGCGGAUUGCAAACUCAGCCUGAACUCACUAUCGCCUAUGCCUUGCCUCCAAACCAACCAUCAGGAUAUCUAGUACAUGGGAAAGUUACGGGUUACGAUACUCAGUUUUAUGACUCACAGUAUCCAGUUCAGAUGUAAGGCGUCUGGGAUUGGCAGCUGUUCCAUUGGUAUGACUGCAGAGUACAAGUUCCUAUAAUUUCUGUAAUGUAAUUAUGUCUGAUAGUUAUUUUCAUCUGCUAGUUAUAUCAAAAGUGCAACAGUUAUGAAGUGUUCCAUUUCAAGCCAUUUAGUGCUUAGGUUAAUAAUGCAUGGAGCUGUAUCUCCACUCCCCCCAUACAUCUGCAUGUGUGGUGCUUAGUUAAGUAUCAGGGACAACUUAAUUUUUGCAUUUCAAGCCUUGAACAGCACCUCUCCAAAUACAAGCCUCUUUUGUCAGUAUUACUUUGAACUUUAAUUUAUAUUGUGUUAGCAUGUGUGUAUGUGUGUGUGUUUUUUUUUUAAUCUUCAUUACAGUCACAUUUGAUUAAGAAUUGCUGCAAGUUUAAUUUUGCAUGCAAUGUUUAUUCAGUUACCAUCGUAAGACCAUUGUUUUGCUUAAUCUGGUGUUAAAUUAAAAUUAUUUUUGCAAUGUUCUGAAUGUGUCAUGAAUGUUAUGUUCUUCAUAUACAGUACUUACAAAUACACCUUCUAUUUUAUCCA